CCGGAGGAGGCGAGUGCUUUGCUUUCCGAGCUGAUCGGGUAGGAACGAUGACCGAGCGAGGAUGUGCACCAGCGGCCACAUCAUCGGCAGCCUCCUGGUGCUCUCCGUGCUGGAGAUAGGGCUGGGGGUCUCCAGCGUGGCCGUGGGGGCGGUCAGCUUCAGCCUGGCCCUGGCCGAGCAGCCGCCGCAGCUGGGAGACUCUUCUCCGGUAUGGAGCGGGGUGUGUUUUCUGCUUUGUGGAGCAUGUGGAAUUCUGUGUGCCAAAAAAAAAACAGGACUUGUCAUGAUCCUUUUUUCAGCCUGCUGCAUCUGUGGACUCAUUGGAGGAAUACUAAACUUCCAGUUCCUUCGCGCACUGACAAAGAAAUCCUCGGUUCUCUAUUCGUUGCAUCUUACAUCCAUGUCCCUGGCAUGCAUCGGGAUUGGGGGCUGCACCCUUUCGUCAUGGCUCACUUGCCGGCUUGCCAGCUAUGAGCAAAGGCGAAUGUUUUCGGAACGAGAGCACUCACUGCAUCAUUCCCAUGAAAUGGCCGAGAAAAGAUUGAGGGGGAUUGAAAUAACCGACCUGCCCAGCUGCCCGGUGGUUCCCCCGACACCAGAGUUGCUUCCCAGCAGACAGGUGUCUUCUUCACCAAACCCUCCCUUCAACCGGCAUUAUCUGGCACCUUUCCUGGAAAUCCUAGCAGAGACCAAGGAAAUGACAGACAACAUGAGCAAUGGAGGACCACAUUUAAUUUAUAAUGGAAGAGCAUACUGAAAGAUUCACUGUUUACGGGACAACUAUUUUCAGGAUUCUCUUGAUGGGGAAAAAUGGAGAUGCCAACAACUUGGAAAGAAGGCACAAAAUGAAU